AUGAUACUGGCCCACGACUGGACCACUACUCAGCUGACAAGUCUUGGUUUGCCAGUCUUGGACCAAGACCCAGCCAAUAUUCAACUGACAAGCCUUGGUUUGCCAGUCUUAAACCAAGACCCAGCCAAUAUUUUACUGACAAGCCUUGGUUUGCCAGUCUUGAACCAAGAGCUAGCCAAUAUUCAAUUGACAAGUCUUGUUAAACUAGUCUUGUACCAAGAUCUAGCCAAUGUCUAUUCUUGGUUUGCCAGUCUUGAACCAAGACCCAGCCAAUAUUUAACUGACAAGCCUUGGUUUGCCAGUCUUGAGCCAAGACUCAGCCAAUAUUCAAGUGACAAGUCUUGGUUUAUUACUCUUGGACCAAGACCCAGCCAAUGUCUAUGUAACGAGCCUUGGUUUGCCAGUCUUGAACCAAGACCCAGCCAAUAUUCAAGUGACAAGUCUUGGUUUAUUACUCUUGGACCAAGACCCAGCCAAUGUCUAUGUAACGAGCCUUGGUUUGCCAGUCUUGAACCAAGACCCAGCCAAUAUUCAAGUGACAAGUCUUGGUUUAUUACUCUUGGACCAAGACCUAGCCAAUAUCUAUGUAACGAGCCUUGGUUUGCCAGUCUUGAACCAAGACCCAGCCAAUAUUCAAGUGACAAGUCUUGGUUUACUACUCUUGGACCAAGACCCAGCCAAUGUCUAUAUUUAUAUCGCGUAAUUUUUCUUUUCUUCUGGUGA